AUGUUCGAAUUACAUCCAGAAUACAUUGAUCUGUUUCUACAUCGAGCCAGCACCGUAGCUUUGUUUGAGGUAAGUACAUUUUUUUGUAUUCAUGGUUAAGGUCAGGAAAUUCAAUGGGCUAGGGCUAGGGUUAGGGCUAUUGCUAAGGCUAGGGCUAGGACUAGGGCUAGGGCUAGGGCUAGGGCUAGGGCUAGGGCUGGGACUAGGGCUAGGGCUGGGGCUAGGGCUGGGGCUAGGGCUAGGGCUAGGGCUAGGGCUAGGGCUAGGGCUAGGGCUAGGGCUAGGGCUAGGGCUAGGGCUAGGGCUAGGGCUAGGGCUAGGGCUAGGGCUAGGGCUAGGGCUAGGGCUAGGGCUAGGGCUAGGGCUAGGGCUAGGGCUAGGGCUAGGGCUAGGGCUAGGGCUAGGGCUAGGGCUAGGGCUGGGGCUUGACAAGGUAAGGCUAGUAAAUGAACAAAGACUAAGACCAAAGCUAAGCUAGGCAAGGGUCAGGACUAAGGGUUAGUUUUGGGCUACGCCUACACUAGUGCAAUAUCCAGGGCCGAGCGGGAACUUUUGGUCUGGGGGCGGGGGUCCAAAAAAAUUGGCACUUGCUACAUGUGCCAUUUUUUGCAAAAUUUUUUUUUCUGGUGGUUUCAGGCCAAAGCCCGCAAAGAACUCCAAAAGCUCUCGUCCUCGGACAAAGUCUUAUUCAAAGACUGUGCCACCUCGGCCAAGACGGUAAUAGCCAUGGCCAGGUGUGUGAACCGAGUAUUAGAUAAAAGAGACAAGUUUAAUGACGAAAUAGAAGAAACCCUACCCGAUGACAACAAUUGUGACUUUGACCAGUCGGACGGGAACUGGGUCAUGGGAUUAAUGAGGAGUAUCUACCGCACUUUCGGAUGCCCUGAGGGCAAAAAACCAAAAAUUGAAAAAGAAGAUGGAUUUAAGGUCAAUAUUAGUAAGUUUUUAACAUUUUUUAUAUUUUUAAAUUUGCAAACCGUAUGGCUCAUUAUUUUUUGAACAACAAAUUUAAAAAAAAUUUUUUUUUAUUUAAUUUAUCUUACCUUAUCAUAUAAAAAGUUUGCGUACUUUAUGGCUCAUUCUUUUUUGAACAAAAUAUUUUUUUUAAUUUUUUUGUUUUUUUAUUUCACCCUACUCUACCCUAUUUUACCGUACCCUACUUUACCUUACCCUACUUAAUGAGUUUACAUUUUCAGAUAUAACAAAAAACUCCAUGCCUAAACCCAUUCCUAAGGUCGUAACAGUACCAAUAGUACCAAGGCAGCCAUUACGGGUGAAAGACCGGCUUACGAUGUAUCGUUAUAACCGUACAGCGCCUAAAAUACGUCCUUUAUCUACGACUAAUUUUCAAAAACUUCAAUUACCAGCUGAAGCUCAGCAAGCUCAAGAUAGGACUGGUUCACAAAAUGGGCUACAUAGUACUGGGACUCUAAAAAAUUUGCAUAUUGAAGAUUUUCAUCGUUCCGGGAGCGGGAAACAUCGUUCUGAAGUAGAGGGUCACCGUUCUGAAGGAAUUAUUCAACGUUCUGGAGAAGUGAAUCGCCGUUCUGAAGGAUUGAACCACCGUUCUCAAAGUGUAAAUGGUCGUGAUCAAGAAAAAAACGAAGCAAAUCAUGCUCAAUAUAGUACCAAUGCUCGACAAAGACACAGAAAGCUGUUUAAUAAUGCUGAAAGGAUUGUCAUGGGCAAGGAUAGGAGUUCAUCGGACGAGGAACGGCACAAGUUGGACAUUAAGAAGCUGAAACGGCGGGAGAUUAGUGAGUUUUACAUUUCUUUACCUUAUCUUGCUUUGCCCUGUCUUUGCCUUGCCUUUGCCCUGCCUUUGCCCUGCCUUUGCCCUGCCUUUGCCCUGCCUUUGCCCUGCCUUUGCCCUGCCUUUGCCCUGCCUUUGCCCUGCCUUUGCCCUGCCUUUGCCCUGCCUUUGCUUUGCCUUGCCUUCCUCAUCAAGAUCCUUUUCUACCUUGCCGUGUUUUGCCGUGCAAUCUUUUAUCGUAACUUCUGGUGCUUUACCCUGCCCUGCAAUAUCGGGCAUUACCCUACCUUUUCUUCUCCUGUCCUGCCCUUCCUUGCUCUGCUUUCUCUUAUCUUAUCUUAACUUAAGUUACUCAUUUCUGUAUAAAAACGUAACUUUAGGACCCCCGCCUCCAGCCUAUCCAGUGUCAAAACGAUGUGAGGUGCCACACAAUGUUGGACUGUUGAGGAAUGUUCAAAGUUACUUUGACAAAAUGAACCAUGUCAUUCGGUUUACUUACAAAAUGGGCAAACAUAACGAAAGGUAAUACCUUUGUUUAAAAUUGCAAAAACUUUCUUUACAAAACACAAAAGGGCAAAAACUUUCUUUACAAAACACAAAAGGGCAAAAACUUUCUUUACAAAACACAAAAAGGGCAAAAACUUUCUUUGCAAAAAAUGGCAAAAACUUUCUUUACAAAACAAAAAAUUGCAAGAACUUUCUUUGCAAAAAAAUGGCAAAAACUUUCUUUACAAAACAAAAAAUUGCAAGAACUUUCUUUACAAAACAAAAAUAGCAAGAACUUUCUUUACAAAACACAAAAAGGGCAAAAACUUUCUUUACAAAAAAAUGGCAAAAACUUUCUUUACAAAACAAAAAAUUGCCAAAACUUUGUUUACAACGCUUAAAUUUUUCAGAUUUUUCAAAGAAAUGAACGAAAAUGUGGCGUUCCAAAAUCGACCACCCAAUGGAAAAUCACCGUACGAAGAGAUGCAGAAAAUGAUGCAGCAAAUCGAAGAGUUUGAUGACAAAGGAGUCAUAUCUAUUUUGUCUCCAAAGCUCUUCAAUUUAAUGCCAGAUCAACCUGAUCCUGAGUCGAAACGAUAUAUGUCACCGAACAUGUUCAGCUUCCAGGAAGAGGGGUUUCUACCACUGCCUAAGUUGUUUCGGGUAGGUGUUUGAAGUGUUAUUAGACGAGGUAGGUCUUAGGUAGAGCUUGAGUAGGGUCAUUGUAGGGCUAACGUAGGGUAUGGUAAGGCGGUGAAAGUAAGGGUAGGGUAAGGCUGGGUUGUAGGACACCGUAGGACUAUUGUAAGGACUGGGUAGGGUAGAGCAGGUUAAUGCAAAUACAGCAAGAACACUGUAUAUUUAAUCAUUUAGUCAUACAUAUGGUAUGACUAAAUGAUUUGCUACUACAGAUAUGGUAUCCUGCUACCGUUUUAAGGUUAAGACCAAAUUAGAACACGGUUCAGAGCUUUUGUAGGGGCUACGGUAUUGACUAUGGAAAGGAAGUGUAUGACUAUAAAUUGCAUUCUAUACCGGUUACUGUAAGGCUAACGAACGAUUCAAAUAAAAGUAAUGCUAAAAACUACUUUAGAGGUAACGGUAGGGCGAGGGAAUCAUUAAAGCAAAGAUUAAACUAGGGUCUGAGGUAGAGGUUACGGUAACUAGUUUUGAGAGUUUGUUAAAUGGUAGGUGGGCUUGUAUUAGUAAAGAGUAGGAUGGGGUAAAGUAUGGUAGGGUAGGGCAGGGUAAGGUAGGAUAGGGUAGGGUAGGGUAGGGUAGGGUAGGGGAGGGUAGGGUAGGGUAGGGUAGGGUAGGGUAGGGUAGGGUAGGGUAGGGUAGGGUAGGGUAGGGUAGGGCAAGGUAGGGUAUCAUAUAAUAUCAUCUAACAUCAUAUCAAUGUCUUCAGAUGAGUAACUCUGACGAAUGUGAGACCCUAAAAUGGCUCGACCUAAUGUUAGACUUUACUGGUGGUACUCGAAUUCUCAAUGGUCAUAUGGAGAGAUUGGGUGAGCAUAUGAAAACGGUCGAUUCCACACUAUAUCCACGGGUUUUGGAGACGGAGAAAAUGGAAGAACAUUACGAUUAUGUCCAUUCUUUCUCGACCGACGAGCAAAAGAAACAAAUGAAAAGUGAGGGAUAUGCACCUUUGAAUGCCAAACAAUUGGAGUUGAUGUAUGGACAAAAUGGUAAGAUUUUGAAUUAAAUAGCAAAAACUUUCUUUACAAAACAAAAAUGGCAACAACUUUCUUUUCAAAACCAAGAAUGGCAAGAACUUUCUUUACAAAACAAAAAUGGCAAAAACUUUCUUUACAAAACAAAAAUGGCAACAACUUUCUUUUCAAAACCAAGAAUGGCAAGAACUUUCUUUACAAAACAAAAAUGGCAAAAACUUUCUUUACAAAACAAAAAUGGCAACAACUUUCUUUUCAAAACCAAAUAUGGCAAGACUUUGUUUACAAAACAAGAAAUGGCAAAAACUUUAUUUACAAAGCCAAUGACGGAAAAAGGUUGAUCAUCGUAUAACAUGUCACCCGCAAGCUGGUGCCAACAAAGUUUUUAUUUUUCUCAAAGAACACGGCCUGAUCUAUUUCGAAACAGUUUUUGAUACUAUUUAUCGACUUCAUUGUAUUAAGGGGGUGCAGAAUUAAGUGAGCGGUCUUGUAUUGAAGAGGCGCGGAAUUAAGUGAACGACUUAAUAGUAUAAAAUUGUAUUUAGGUAUUCUUCCCUCCUACAAAGUGGACAUAAACGCUCAUCAACAAGAGCCAGAUGCCGUUUUGGAGAAAACAAUCCGUCGGCUAGCCUCGUUGAGCGACGAAGAAGUGAAAGAAGUCGAGAAAAUGGAUUCAGACGCCGAAGCUUCGACGAUACAACCGAACAAAGUAAAUGAAGAUGGUGACAUUCCUUUCCGAACAAAGCGACAGGCCGUACGUCGGCCGAGUUUUUUCGAUUUUCGAGAUUUGGAUCCCUUUGCUAUUACUCAACGAAUAGGCAAUCCGAACAUACUGGGACAUUAUGUGUUGUCACCAUAUGCGUUCUAUCUACAGGUCUUCUCACCUACAUUACUUAAUGUAAGUUUCUUUAGUUUGUAAAGAAAGUUCUUGCUAUUUGUUGUUUUGUAAAGAAAGUUCUUGCCAUUUUUUGUUUUGUAAAGAAAGUUUUUGCAAUUUUUUGUUUUGUAAUGAAAAUUCUUGCCAUUUUUUGUUUAAUAAAAGAAGACAUUGCAAAUUUUUUGUUUUGUAAAGAAAGUUUUUGCAAUUUUUCGAUUUGUAAAAAAAGUUCUUGCAAUUUUUUUUUGUAAAGAAAGUUCUUGCCAUUUUAUGUUUUGUAAAGAAAGGUCUUGCCAUCGUUUGUACUGUAAAGAAAGUUCUUGUCAUUUUUUAAUUCGUAAAGAAAGUGUUUGCCAUUUUUUGCUAAUAUAACAAUUUUUGUUUUGUACAGGCUGCUGGUGACAUCUUAUACGCUGGAUGCUAUAUUUUUCAUUUAUUUUUAAUUUUAAAAUUUUUUUAAAUUUCAAAACUUUCAGAUGGAAAUAAUAAAUCCUCGAGCAUUCAUAGCGACCAUCUUCUCGCCAGUAGUACUAGUUCUCCGUGUACUAUCACCAUCCGCCUUCCGGCUUAUGUUAUUCUCCCCUCUGAUGUUGAUUGCCUGGGUAAUGGUGCCAGAGGCAUUUUUGGCCAAGAUUUUCUCACCGAAACUUCUGGAUGCCAGAAUCUUGUCUCCAGAAUCGUUUUCAGCCAUCGUGCUUAGUCCAGGAGCUGGUGUUAUGCGUAUAGCAUCACCUAAUGCUAUGAAUGUGCUUGUCUUGUCACCAUCCAUCUUUACCUAUGGGUUGUGGUCCGGUAACAGAUAUGUGGUACAGGUAUUGUCACCUGGUUUGGUUGGUGUGGAUCAACAUCCUUUAUUGAAGCCGUUGCCUUAA